UAUAGAACGAUUGACAAGGAGAAUUCGAAGCUAUCACGAUACUGAGAUUGUUCCAUCUCUAAGCAUCGCUUCCAGAGUUGGUAAACCUGCCAAAGUUGUCAGGCCAACACAAUGCACUUUAAAUUCCAUAUAAAUAUUUACACAACUUACAAAUGGCUCUUAACACACUAAAUGUGAAUCAGAAUUCGGGAGAUCAGCCCAAGAUUUCUACAUUUGCUGUCCUGGAUCUGGAAACGACGAACUUGCCUGCUUUCAAUAAUAAUCGCGUUGGCAUAACGGAGCUGUGUAUUUACGCCUUUGAAGCCGCUCUUCUGAGCCAGGAUUAUACGAAUAAAGAUGUCAAGGGUGAAAAUCAGGAGGAUCAAAAUAUCCUGCCAGAGCCACCGCGUGUUCUGCACAAGUUAAAUCUGCUAUUCCAGCCUUCUAUGAGAGUGCAUCCAGAGGCAGAGCAACACACAGGUCUGAGCAACUAUCUGCUUGAGCGGGAAUCCAAACUUGACCAGGAAUCCGCAAAACUUAUCAUCAGCUUUAUAAAGCAUUUGCCAGCUCCAGUUUGCCUGGUGGCCCACAAUGGCUGGGGAUUUGAUUUUCCCAUCCUGAGGCAGGCCUUUGAAAAGGUGAACCUGGAGUUCCCCCACUCCGUGACAUGUGUUGACUCACUUCGUGCUUUUUUGGAAAUUGACGAUAAGCGCUUUAGAAAUGAAGGUGUCAUUACAGUUCCUGGUGAAGCAGAGCAAAAGGACCACGGAGAGAAACCGGAACCGGUACCUUGCGAAGCGGAUAUCGAAAUUCUUCAGCACGUAGAGAAUGAUACCAUCAAGGAAAUCGACUGGAAAACUAGGAAUGAAACCACGCCAAAGCGUCCGAUUCUAACUCCCACGCAAGCUUCUGCGAAACGAAAGCAACUGUCCGAUGAGGACGAUGACUUGUUGAGCUCGCCGACGCCAACCAAGCGUACAACGCAGGAUUUCCGAUCGAGACGCCAAUUGUUUAGUGGUUUAAAGUGUGCAGAGACGAAGCGCUUUCCACCACGGCUUAAAUACAAAUUAGGAAGCCUAUACACUAGUAAAUUCCACCGACCAGCAUACAAUGCUCACCAGGCGGAGGCAGAUGUUGCAAUGCUAACCAAGCUCAUACAGCAUUAUGGCAUGGAUUUCUUGGCCUUCGCCGAGGAACAGGCCAUUCCAUUCCAUCAAGUUAGACCACUUGGUUCGCCGGCCCAACGAAAAUGCUGACCUUACUGGAAGACGUUUGGAUUCCAAAUGGCCACUUACAUACAUCCUUAAACAAGCCGUAUUUUUAAUGUGUCACGAAUAAAUGCAUGAUUUUAUAUAUUUUUAUACAA